UAUUUGUACUGGUCGACUUGUAGCUGUAACCUCAGCUAGCUAAGUUGACUAUCAACAAAUGAUUUCAUGUGACGUUAGCUAGCAGGCUAGUUAUCCUAUGCUAGCUGUGCUGGCUAUCUAAGUAACGCAUACGCUGUCAAGCUUGGCAUGACUUCUCUAAAACGAUAGCCAGCUUAGCUAUAGCAACGGUAAUCAAGACAGCUGUCCUAACUAGUUAGCCCAAAACUGGUCUUUUCAUUACAUGCGUCAUAAGUGAGUGUGAGAGUGAGCAGGUCUGUUCUGGGUUGCAUUCCCUGUAAAUGGUCUGUCAGUGAGUCAGCCAGUCAGUGCAUCCCCAUGUCCAGGAAGCUGUCAGGAAAGAUGGCGCAGGGCAACAGGAAGACCGAUGCAGAGAGGAAGAGGGACGAGCGGGCGGCUCGCAGGGCACUGGCCAAAGACCGCAAGAAUCGCCCUCAGGGCGAGGAAGUGGCCGACGAGUUUGUCAGCUUCACCAAUCAGCUGCAAGCUCUGGGUCUCAAACUGAGAGAGGUGCCCGGAGACGGGAACUGUCUGUUCCGGGCCCUGGGGGAUCAGCUGGAAGGCCACUCCAGGGGCCACCUACAGUUGCGCCAGGAGACAGUGCAGUACAUGCAAGCCCACCGGCAGGACUUCGAGCCCUUUGUAGAGGAUGACAUUCCCUUCACACAGUACUUGUCAAAUCUCUCCCAGCCGGGCACCUUUGCAGGAAACGAUGCGAUCGUGGCGUUCGCUCGCUGCCACCAGCUUCGCGUCAUCAUCCACCAGCUUAACGCUCCUCUGUGGGAGAUCAACGGCUCAGAGAAACCUUUGUGUCGAGAGCUUCAUAUUGCCUAUCGCUAUGGCGACCAUUACGACAGUGUGCGGCCAAUUGGAGACAAUUCUGAGAGCCCAGCCCAGUUGCGCAUUGAGAGCCUGAAUCGGUCAAAGGGUCAGUCUGAGUCCCGGCACCCAGGAGACAGAGAGAGGUACAGACAGAACGCCUCUUCCCCUACCCAGUCCGAGGAUGAGGAUCUAAUCCUGCGGCGGAUUGUGUCCCAGAAUCCUCCUGGUCAAGGAGAGAAUCGCCGUCACAUGAGUGCUGCUGCACCAUACUGCCCUGCGGAGUGGGAGGGAUCUGAGAUGCCAUCUGUGUCAUACUCCACCCUGUGGGAGGAGUCAGGAACAGGGACACGCCUCUUUGGCCAAGUCACACCAACAGAGUACAGUGACAACAAACAGCCCGCAGAGAGCUGCACCUCACACAGAACUAAGAUGUUGAGCAAACAGAAGAAGGAGCAGCAGCGCCUGGAGAAGAAGAAGAGGCAGGAAGAGAGGCUCUGGCAGAAGGUCCUGCAGGGCAGAGAUCCCCCGGACCAGAACCAGAACCAGGCAGAGCCCGUCACUCUGGUACCGGCCUUCAACACACUCAGCAUCUAGAGCGGUCUGGGUCUGUGCGGUCUAGCACAUUCACCAUUAACCGGUCAGGUUAGGACUAGGUUUGCUGCUAACAAAGUACAUGAUCGGUAUCGAACAAGUUUCUGAGUUUAUGAAACUUGUAUGGGCGAUACAGGGAAAUUUUUUUUUCUUUCUGCAGUUUACAUAUAGUGUAGCGUGUAUGAUUGGGUCAGAGGCUGUUUGAGAGUGUGUGCAUUGGCAGGCUGAUGCAUGUGUGUGCGUGUGGGUGUGGAUGUGUGCGUGGAUGGGUAUUUCCAAAAUAAAGGUAGGCUGUUUGAAUGUACAUUGAAUGUACGUUAUCUGAACUCAGCAAAAUGAAUGUCAUUUAAAAAAAUGGAAUAUAAACAAAGACCAGGAACAGAAAACGUAUAUACUUUUAGUUAAAAGAAAUGCUCAUUUCAUACAAGGGAUAUCCCCACACUGGUCUGUAUUUGCAAGAUAAUUCUCCAAAACUGUCCUCACUUUGAAAGACAGUCACACA